AUGAGUAUCAAGUUUGUUCUUGUGACCGGUGCCACAGGAUUUAUCGGUGCCCAUAUUGUCGACGCCUUACUAGCCGGUGGCAUUCGCGUGCGGGGUGCCACCCGUUCUCUCGUCAAGGGAAAGGCGAUGCUACAGGCAAGGUCUAAGUAUGAGGAUUUACUUGAGUUUGUACAAAUCGAUGACUUUCAGAACCCCGGUGGCCUUGUUGAGGCCGUGAAAGAUGUCGAUGGAAUCAUUCAUACAGCGAGUCCCUUUACGUACGAUACAACAGACAAUGAAAACGAGCUCAUAAUUCCCGCCAUAAACGGCGUCAGGGCUGUAUUCGAAGCUGCUUCUACAAACCCCAAGAUUCGACGCAUCGUACUAACAUCUUCUUUCGCCUCAGUGCUUGAUGCACACCGAAAAGCGCCACCAUACUUCACCUACACCGGAGCCGACUGGAACCCUUUGACAUAUGAGGAAGCGGCCGACAAGGCUACGAGCGCUAUCAUAGCAUAUAGGGGGUCAAAGAAGUUUGCCGAGCUCGAGGCCUGGAAUUACAUCCGUGACAAGAAGCCCAUGUUUGAUUUCGUGGCUCUCUGUCCUCCCAUGACGUUUGGACCAGUGGUGCACCCUGUUUCUAGUAUUAGCAAAGUCAACGAAUCGAAUGCAAUGCUGUGGCAGGUUGCCAGUGGCGCACCUUUACCUGUUGCGCGAGUACCGUUCUGGAUUGACGUGCGCGAUCUGGCUGCUGCACACCUUGGGGCGUUGCUCACUGAGGAGGCUGGAGGGAGGAGGUAUACGCUCACAGCACCGGAAACUUUCUCCUACGCGAAAGCGGCGAGUAUCAUUGCCACUGAAUUUCCGGAACUGAAGGAUAAGGUGCGUCAAGAUGAGCAGAGCAUUGAUGAAAGUUACGGCUUGGAUGGAGAGACGGCUAGCAAGGAGCUCGGCUUUGCAUACCAUACUUUUAGAGAUACUGUUCGUGAUUUUGUGUCGCAAGGUAUUCAGAUGACUAGUUAA